UAGUUCAAACGAUAAGGUGACGUGGUGAAAAUCGGAGAAACGCGAUAAGGUGCGUCUCUCUCACUCUCUCGUGAUCGUCUGAUUUUACCAAACUUCAGUCAAUGGCGAUGACGACGACGACGACGACACUCUUCCAUCCACUACUUCCUACUAGCAGCUACAAAUCCGGAGCUGUGACUUCUUCCAUUGUCUCAUUUCCUCGUUCCCAAUUUCCGUCUUCUUCGUCGUCUCUCCAAUUUCACUCGCUUGUCUCGGAUUCGACAUCGAUUUUUGGUCGGAGGAAGUUUACCGGGAAUCUCAGAAGAGUUUCCGUUAUCGUUUCCGCCGCGGGAACUACUGAACCUCUCACCGUCCUCGUUACCGGUGCCGGUGGAAGAACAGGGCAAAUUGUGUACAAGAAACUGAAGGAGAGGUCGGAUCAGUUUGUGGCAAAGGGUUUAGUGAGGACAAAGGAAAGCAAAGAGAAGAUCGGUGGAGAGGACGAAGUGUUCAUUGGAGAUAUCCGAGACCCUGCAGCCAUUGCUUCUGCUGUUCAAGGAAUCGAUGCUUUGGUCAUUCUUACGAGCGCUGUACCACAAAUGAAACCUGGCUUUGAUCCUAGCAAAGGAGGGAGACCUGAGUUCUUCUUUGAAGAAGGAGCUUAUCCAGAACAGGUUGAUUGGAUUGGUCAGAAGAAUCAGAUAGAUGCUGCUAAAGCUGCAGGAGUUAAGCAGAUUGUUUUGGUCGGGUCGAUGGGAGGAACAAACAUUAAUCACCCUUUGAAUAGUAUUGGCAAUGCCAACAUUCUGGUUUGGAAGAGGAAAGCCGAGCAGUACUUGGCUGAUUCCGGGAUUCCGUACACCAUCAUCAGGGCGGGCGGUCUGCAAGACAAGGAAGGUGGCAUCCGAGAACUACUCGUGGGAAAAGAUGACGAGCUUCUCGAGACAGACACAAGAACAAUCGCAAGGGCUGAUGUUGCAGAAGUCUGCGUUCAGGCGUUGCAGCUUGAGGAGGCAAAAUUCAAAGCCCUUGACCUGGCCUCAAAGCCCGAGGGAACAGGCACCCCAACAAAGGAUUUCAAGGCACUUUUCGCUCAAGUAACCACUAAGUUCUGAUCUUCCGUUUAGUGCUUUUUCCCAUCUUUGUCAAUGUAGCAGAGUCAUAGGAUUAGACGCUGAGAGGGAUGAGUAAUUAAUGUUUAGAUACACAUGUCUAAAUCGGCUCUUUCUAUUUCUCAAGGGGUCUUCCCCUAUAUUUAAGUAA